UAUUCAGCAAUUAAUAAUGCAUGUUCGAGAACAGAUGCGCGUGCAGGAUGAUGCGCUGGGACCACCUGUUUUCACACGUGCGUGUAUCCUCUCAGGGUUGUAAAUAAUUUGACUCCCGUGGAAUUUGUUUAAAAUACGCCUAUAGAACAGAAAGUAAACUUAAUCGAACACGUUCGUUGAUUUUCAUCUGGAGGACAUAAUGUGUUACGUCAUCGUCACAUGUCGUUCUUUAGGCUGGACGCUUUUAAGUGUCACUGUUACCUUGGCAACUGUCGCCGCUGUUAUCUCGCCUCACUGGAUGAUCGGAACCCCUCGAGAAACUGCCAUAAAAUUGCUGAAUGCUUCAGAAGAUUUUAUGGACUCUGAAACUUUCAGACCAACGCUAGGAAUAUUUAAUAGAUGUACAAAACUUCAGUUAGACUUCCAAAUAGCCAAAGUCAGGGAUAAUUGUGCCACAUUCGUUGUGUCGUUUUCUGCAGCGGACGAUUUUUUCCCGCAUGCGUGGAAGGCAUGUGUGAUAUUGUUCGGUAUUGCCGGAACCCUUCUGCUCUUUUCCAUGUUGUGUUCUGUAAUGAGUUUGUUUGUCCGAUCAAUUUGUGGAAAAAGUAUAUUUACAGUUGCAGGAUUUAUACAAAGUAUUGGAGGUCUAUUUUCAGUGAUCGCGCUGGUCAUAUACCCCACUGGUUGGGGCACCAAAAGGGUGCGGGACCUUUGUGGUGAAUAUGCUGAGCCUUACGUUAUAGAUAACUGUACAAUAGGUUGGUCUUACUACCUCGGAAUUGCGGCCACAGUACUCGUGUUUGUAGCAGCGGUUUUGUCUGUUCCCGCCGACAGAUCCACAACAAGCAGGAAAGUAGAGGAGGAAAUGCUGGAAGGAAAAAAUCUCAUUUGUGUAUUGUGACAUCACUUCCUGAACCCAAUAUUUGAAACACCUCGGCUUGUUUCUGAAGAAACAUUUCCUUUUAUUAACUUGUGCGUCCGAUUGUUUUGUGCUGAUGAAAAAUGCUGGUAAAUGAGAUUAAUUAUGGCAUUUUUUAAAAAUACCAAUUUCAGGGUUUCAAAUAUUUCUUUGGUAAAAUAUGUUAAGAUUUUUUGAAGUUUCACUAUGAAGCUAUUAAAAUGGAAAUAUUUUGCCAAAUGAAAUAACACAAAGGUGUAAAUUUUAA